UCCAGUUCACAUUUUUCUUUUUAUAGACAACAACCUCGCAUACGAAUCUUGGAGCAACCAGCUCCGAAAAUUUUGAGGUUUCGGUACUUGUGUGAAAGCAGAUCGGCGGGGUCCUUUCCAGGAAAAAAUAGCACCCCCGAUAACCCAACCUAUCCCACCAUCCAGAUUGUUGGUUAUAAAGGCAGGGCCAUCGUCCAAGUUUCGUGCGUUACAAAAGAUCCUCCUUACAGGGCUCAUCCUUUCAAUCUUGUCUCAAAAGCGAACAACACCGACUACAAGAACGGUAUCUGCAAGGUAAAGGUUGACACCAACGAAAACUACGGGGUAAUACAGUUCAAAAACAUGGGGGUCCAGUGUGUCAAAAGAAGAGGAAUGUCUGCAUCGUUGGAGAUGAGGCAAGCAAUGCGAGUGGAUCCCUUCAAAACUGGAUUCGCUCACAAAAACGACUCUUCAGCUGUCGAUCUGGUCUCAGUGAGAUUGUGUUUUCAAGCGUUCCUCGAAGGCGACACUCCCGGAAGAUUCGACGUUCCUUUGAAGCCUGUUAUCAGUGAUCCCAUAUACGACAAAAAAAGAGCGUGCGAUCUCAAAAUAGUUAAACUGUCAGAUUGCGUCAGUUCUGUUGCGGGUGGAAGAAAAGAAAUUAUUUUGCUGUGCGAAAAGGUAGUGAAGGAAGAUAUCCAGGUGUGGUUCCAUGAGGAGAACAGCGACUGGGAAGCUCAGGCAGACGUUCAACCUUCACAGGUCCACAAGUCGUUCGCCAUUAGUUUCAAAACUCCGAAAUAUAGAACUGUGAAUAUCACAGAACCUGUAAAAGUCUUGAUUCAACUUCGGAGACCUUCGGAUGGCUCGACGAGCGAAUCAUUGCCCUUCCAAUUUUGGCCGGAUCAACUUCUAGAACCAGAACCAUUGAAGCGCAAAAAUAACAAAAUAGCAAAAAUGGAGGAGCUGAGGAUAUUGCAACAAAAUGCAAGUGGAGGAAUGUUUCCGAAGAGUUUUUUCGACACCAGUGGUAUGAAACCGGAACAAAUACAAAUAGGUCCACCUUCCAUACCAAAGCAAUUUUCUGGGAGUCCUGAUGAAGAAAGAAGUUCAACGUAUACUCCAAACAUCAUAUUGGACUUGGAUCCUUCCACUUCAUGUUCAAAUCGAGUUCUCACUCCAAAUAUCAUCACUUCUCAAAGUGAGAUGUGGUAUCAGCCCAUUUCUCCACCAUCAGCUCAGCCGUCCACAUCCUCCAAUCAGCAAUGGAACAUUCCUAAGACAGAGAUCCUCAUCCCUCAAAGAACCGCAGACUUCAAAAGCAGCUCUAGGAAAAAGGAAGAGAAUGCUUUCGACCGCAGAAACAUGAGGAGGUUGAACACUUUGCCAAAUAUCAACCUGAUAUUCCCGAACAUGAACAUCAUUAGUAAUCAAUUUAAUGAAUCUCAGUUCGAGUCAAACAGGAAAUAACUUGCUAUCCUAGUCCCUCUAUACUGGGUCUUGGGUGAAGUAGCUUUUUCAGCAUAUGAAAGAGCUUUGGAUUGUUGCAGUGGACGUUUUUUGUUAUUUAUUUGGACGAUUUGAACCGAGAAGUAGACGAGUUCUUAAAAUCACCGACGCCAACUACCAAAUUUUCUGUUGAAUAAAAGACUUCGCCUAGAAGUGCAAGCUCAACAUGUUGUGAACCUUAACCAGAAAUGUUACUUAUGGAUUACUGCUGUGAUUGAUUUUUGAUGGUGAUAUUUUUAAAAGUUGUUGAUAUCGAGAGCAAAUUCUCGCUGUUGUUUCAUAUUGAAUUUUUGUAGAGACUUUUUAU